CCGGCCGCUCCUUCCGCGCCCGCGUCUCUAUGGUCCCGUCCGCCAGGCCCGACGCCUCGAGCCCCGGGCCAUCGAUGACGCGCGGCGCCCGGAGGCUGGGCCUCUCGGGGUCUGCGCAUGCGCACGCCUGGAAGCCUCCGCUCCGGCUCCCCCUAGCGGCCCGGAGGGCGACAGCCCGCGCCCUGGCACGAGGUUCGAGACCGACCUCGGCCCUGGAGCAAGUGACCCGGCUCGGUGCUCCAGGCCGUGAGGACAAGGCCAGCUCUUGACGACUCUCGGGCGUUCAGUGUGCCGGAAGUCAGCUGGGCCUUGGGUCAGAGCCAUGCUUGGAGGCCCUAGCGGGGAGUGCAGGUCCAGUCGGUGACCUUGGCCAGAGAGGGGGCGGGCUGGGGGCCAUUGGACUCCGACCCCGGACUGCUGCUGCAGCCCUGCGCCUCCCUUGGCCUCCCUGCAGCCACCAUGGUGCUCCCUGGGUCCGCCAUCUUCUGGGCCGUGCUGCUGGCAACUGGCACGCUGGGCCGCAGGGUUCAGAAGCCCGCGGGACCCACGUCCCUCAUCACCACGGUCCAGCCCAAGGCUGGCUUUGACUCUCAGCAGUUUGCAGGGACCUGGCUGCUGGCCGCUGUGGGCUCCGCCUGCCGCGCCCUGCAGGAGCAGGACCACCGGGUGGAGGCCACUGCACUGCACGUGGCCCCCCAGGGCACAGCCUUGGCGGUCAGCACCUUCCGCAAGCUGAAUGGGAUCUGUUGGCAGGUGCGCCAGCACUACGAGGACACGCAGGUCCUUGGCCGCUUCCUGCUGCGAGCCCGAGGACCCCGGGGUCCCGUGCACGUGGUCGUGGCUGACACGGACUACCAAAGCUUUGCGGUCCUCUACCAGGAGCGUGGGCGGACGCUGUCAGUGAAGCUGUAUGUGCGCUCCUUUCCUGUGAGCGACUCUGCCCUGGAUGAGUUUGAGAGGCGAGUGGCAGAGACCAACCUCACACAGGACAUCAUCUUCUUCCCCACCUAUGGCUUCUGCGAGGCGGCCGACCAGUUCCAUGUCCUGGACGCCCUCCCUGGGCCCAGCAUUCCUACCAGCCUGAUGCUGGAGGCCAGGCGGCAACCCCCCUGCGAGGGCCCCUCCGGGAGGCCCAUACACCCCAGCCAGCUGCUCCACCCCGUGGCAGCUGCCAGCAUGGGGCCUUGCUGGGCCCUGGCGCUGCUGCUGUCCCUGGCGCCCAUCCUGCGUGGCCAGUCCCCAGCCCCCCAGCCCACCCUGUCCCAGUGGCAGGGCUUCCAGGCGCAGCAGUUCCAGGGUGACUGGUUGGUCUUGGGCCUGGCGGGCAACACCCUGACAAAGAAAGACCGGGCCCUGCUCAAUCCCUUCCUCGUCACCUUCGAGCUCAACGAGAAAGGCCAGCUGGAGGUAUCGAAUGCCAUGACCCGGGGCAAGCGCUGUGACACCUGGAACUACGUGCUGAUGCCAGAGUCCCAGCCAGGGCACUUCCGGGUGGACGGCCUUACAGGGCCGGAGAGCGAGGUCGUCCAGGUGGUGGAAGGUGACUACGACAAGUUUGCCCUGGUGGUCUCCCAAAGACUCACUGGCACCCAGACCAUCCUGCGAAUCAGCCUGCUGGCAGUCAGGGUCUGGCAGCUGCCAUCGGAGGUGAAGAACAAAUUUUUUUGCCUGGCCCAAGGCCAGGGCCUCACACAGGACAACAUCGCCUUCCCAGAUCUGACCGGUAACUGUCCUCGGGAGCGGCCGGGGGAGGAGGGGCCUGGACCCCGAGGUGCUGCACAGCACGGGGUCACCCAUGAGUGGGGGCAGCUGCCCGACCGGGUCCUCCCUCCCCCUGCCCUACCUUUGGGGUGCCUGGGCUCCCCCCAGGGCCCGCGGGCCUGGCCAGUUGAUUGCAAGUCUCCAGUCCCACCUCUGCCUGUCACGCAUGGCAAGCCUCGUCGCGCU